CACCCUUGGGUGUCCAAGCGUAAUUCCCUGUAAACAGGAAGGUGGGAGCUGCCUUGGCCCCUGCACAGCCGUUCUCUCCAGAGCCAGGGACACACAGGAGGUGAACAGGGAAAAGCCAGAGUUCCAGCAGCAUUUGGACAAUGCUCCCAGGCACGUGGACUUUUGCAGUGGUCCUGUGCAGUGCCAGGGGCUGGAUUCGAUGAUCCUUGUGGGUCCCUUACAACUGAGGAUAUUCCUUGAUACUAUGAUCAGCACCUCGUCCUUCCCUCUCUGUCCCUUGGCUGCAGACUGAGGCAUCCAACAUGUUUUCCAAGGAUUUUUUUUUCACCUGCUCUGCUGCAAGGCAGUGCCAGCCUGUCUGUGCCUCACUCUCCCUUCACUGGAAUUUAAAAGUACCUUCCCCACCCUCCCCAAAAAGCCAACAGUGCCCUAUCUGACGGGAACAACAGACAAAUGGAAAAGCCUGAUUAGAGCCCGUAAAAUCCACUGUAGCAUGGAGAGACAGGGUGAAGUGUUGACACUCUUGCAGUACAAAUGUCAGGGCAUCAGGUGAAACAAGAAGGAGCAAAGUCCAGAGCAGAUGGAGGUUUUUUUUCUCCUGGCCAGUUCCCUCACAGCCCUGGGGCACCGUUGGGCAUCAUGAGUUCUAGAGGAGGCUGCUCACCCUCACAGGGCAGCAGCCCCUCCAUCAUCCUCGAACACAAAUCCCCAGCUGGCUCAGGAGAGCCCCAAACAGGCGACCAGGAGCGCCAGGAUGAAAUUCUGUUGACUCCCUGGAGGGAUUUUCCUGUGGAGGACACGGACCCCUUCACCCCCCCGAGUGAAGAGAAGUGGGAUUUUGUUCUGGUGAGCGACAUCCAUGAAGUGGGCAGUGAGAAGGAGACCAAGAGGAAGAAGUUCCUGGAUGAGCUGAGCAAGAAGGGGUUCACCAUCAAGAAAAUUGAGGACAUGAAGCUAUUUUAUGGAGUCCGUGCCCCAGAGCAGGUCUUCCGGAAGUACGAGUGUCUUCUGGGGAACCCUGACAAGAAGCUCCAAAAUGAAAAUUCCCCCCAGGACAUCCCAAUGACCACCAGGAUACGGAUUGUGAACUUAAUCCUGCGGCACACGGUGACACCUGACUUGGAGAAGCUGCAAGACCUGAUGAAGAAAAACGUGUUUGAGGCAAUGUUUCCCCUGCAUGAGGUGAGGCUGAGCAUACGGGUGCCUGGGAGGAAAAUCCAGGACAGGUGGAGGAGCAAGACAGGGUGGGAGAGACCUGUGGGUAACCGGGGCUGCCCCAGGAGCUUGCUGGGUGAAGAGCACGGCAAAGUUCCCGGCAGGAGCCUCGGAGCCGGGCAGGGAAUUGAGGGUGCACUGGUAUUCCUGUAUCCAACCGACUUCUCUGCUCUCCAGAAGGAAGCGGUAAGGGAAUUCUCCAAGGACAAUUGGGCUCGCUGGAGAGGUGUAUUUAACGAGCAGCCAAUUGAGAAGAUCAGGUGCUAUUUUGGUGAGAAGGUGGCCUUAUACUUCGCCUGGCUAGGCUGGUACACCUGCCUGCUGGGUGUUGCUGCACUGGCUGGGGUGCUGACCUUCGUGGCUGGGAUUGCUCUCUUCAGUUCCAGCCAGGUGAGCAGGGAGAUCUGUGAAGCCAACACCACCAUCAUGUGCCCGCUCUGCGACAAGAAGUGCCCCUACUGGGUCCUCUCUGACACCUGCACCUACGCCAAGGUCACUCACAUGAUUGACAACGAGGCCACGGUCCUUUUUGCCAUAUUCAUGGCCCUCUGGGCCACUGUGUUCCUGGAGCUGUGGAAGAGGCAGAGAGCCACUGUGGUCACCAACUGGGACCUGUACGGGUGGGAUGAGGAAGAGGAGGAGCUGGCUAUGGGACUGAUCAAUAAUUUACAGUAUGAACCUCGGAAGUACCAACACUCCUACUUCCGCAGCACCAUCGUCCUCCUCUUGGUUCUGUUGAUGAUCCUGGUGCUGAUUGGCAUCGCCCACGCGCUCGUCAUCUACCGGGUGAUCGCCACGGCGCUCUUCGCCCAGAGCAGCCUGGGGCUGCUGCGGGAGCAGGCGGACACCAUGGCCGUGAUAACGGGGGCCAUGCUGCACUACCUCACCAUCGUCAUCAUGACCAAGAUCAACAGGCGCGUGGCCCUCUUCCUCUGCGACCUGGAGAAACCACGGAGCUUCUCCCAGCGGGAGAAAACCUUCACCAUGAAGAUUUUUACCUUCCAGUUCUUCACAAACUUCUCCUCGCUCAUCUACAUUGCCUUCUUCCUGGGACGGAUCAACGGCCGCCCAGGGCACUACGUGCGCAUCGCCGGCCGGUGGAGGCUGGAGGAGUGCCACCCCAGCGGAUGCAUCACUGACCUCUUCAUCCAGAUGGCCAUCAUCAUGCUGCUCAAGCAGACCAUCAGCAAUGUGAUGGAGUAUCUCAUCCCCUGGAUAAGCCACAAGCUACGCAAGACGCACAAGCGCCCCAAGAAGAGGAGCAUAUUUCUGGGAGAGGAGGAGGAGGCUGAGGACCCCUGCAAAAGGCAGUGGCUGAGAAACUAUGAGCUCAACGAGGUCAACGUCUUCAGCUUGUUCGAUGAGUUCUUGGAGAUGAUGAUCCAGUACAGCUUCACCACCAUCUUUGUCGCUGCCUUCCCCCUGGCCCCGCUCCUGGCGUUCUUGAACAACAUCUUCGAGAUCCACCUGGACGCCAUCAAGAUGGUGCGGCUGCACCGGCGCAUGGUACCCAGGAGGGCCAAUGACAUCGGGAUCUGGCUGCAGGUCCUGGAGGCCAUCGGCAUCCUGGCUGUCAUUGGGAACGGGCUGGUGAUUGCCAUCACCUCUGACUUCAUCCCCAUGCAGGUCUACAAGUACAUGUACAGCCCCUGCGUGGGGGAGAACCGCACUGACGUGGACUGCUCCACGGGGUACAUCAACCACAGCCUCUCCGUCUUCCGCAUCCGGGAUUUCGAGCCCGACAUGGGUGUGCCUGAGAUGCUGCCAAACUUUGACAGGGAUGAGAUCAAGGAGUGCAGGUACCGGGAUUACCGGAAUGCCGACGACUACACCUACACCAUGCAGUUCUGGCACGUCUUGGCAGCCCGGCUUGCCUUCCUCAUCAUCUUCGAGCACGUGGCUCUGUGUGUCAAGCUGAUCGCAGCCUGGUACAUCCCCGACGUCCCCCAGAAAGUCAAGAACGAGCUUCUGUGCAGAAAACACACUGACCUGCGUAAAGAACUGAGCAUGAUGGAGUACUCCACCGAGGUGUAGCCACCGCUCACCCAGGAGAAGGAAAACACAGACCCAAGCCCCCUCCCCAGCCUGGCAGUGCCAGGGGUGCUGGAUGAACCCCCUGGCACAGUGCCAUGUGUGACUGAGCUGGACUUGAACUGGGAAGUGAUGCGAAGACGGUGGCUUCACAGGAGCAGGAUGCUUUCCGACUUGGAAAGGAAGGACGCUGUAGCAGAGCUGGGAUGUGCCUCCCCUGCACACGGAGUAGCUGGGACAGAGCUGUAGCACUGGGGGCAAACCUGGGGGCAGCACCCGGCUGGGCUGCAGGAGGUGGCCUAAGUCCUCCUCACUCACUGCCUUAAGCACAGGAAACACCAGUUACCUCAUUCCAGGUUCCCUCUCCAGGCCUUUUUUUUGCACUUUGGCCUCUUUUUCCACUGCCUUCUGUGACCUCCCCAUUCCGCACCACUGGGGAACACGAGUCCCUCUUUCACUGCAGUCCUCCUCGGCAUGAUUCCCACGUGGCUGCAGCUGUGACCUGCUGUUUCCCUGGAAAAAAUGCCGUUGUUAUCCCGACUGAGUUUAGCUCCAGGCUCAGCUGAGUCCUGACAGUUGUGCCUGGCUCAACUACCGCCAGCAAACAGUAAAUAAACACAACCCACACGCGGACACGCAGACUUUCACCUGCUGCCUGGUGUCGCUCCUGCCUUCCUCCUCUGCCAUCCCCAACACCCAAAGAAACUGUGCCCCAAAACCUUUCCUUGUCUCACUGGGGACAAUCACA